CAACGUUGGAAUUGGAAUGUUGAUGAAAUCUCUAUAAAUGACACUAGACAUAUGUCAGUAUUUAUGAUUAUUAUUGUACUGAUAUUACAGACGAGAACACAACGGAGUUAGAAAUGGAACUCUAAGAACACUUUUUGAAAAUAAUCUUUCCUGUUCCUCCGGAGUAAUUUUGAAACUGUGUGUUGUUUUGUUGUCACAUAGUGACUGGGGAAUUAAAAUCAAUUGACACUCUUCUUGCAAAACAAGACGUCAAUGUUCUAGACUGCCUUUGGUGGUGUUCUGCAGUGCUAAUGAGCCUUUUCAAAAACCGGCUUCAUCGUGUUAAUGAAUUAAGCCAGUGUUAUAUGCCGUGGACGAGAUAAAGUUACGUUUCAGAAGAUUAACAAGGACUAUUUAUUUAUUUUUUUUUUUUUUUGUCCGAUUUUAUAUCCAGGCUGUAGUUACAACUGUCUUUACAAGGGCGAGCGAGUUAUUAGAAGAGAGGCGCGCCGUAAAUAGUUUUGGUAAAGAUUGACCAUGUGCCUUUUCUUUUUUAUUUGUUCUGGACAGCGACUGGACAGUACCGGUACACGUUUUAUUGAAUGAACGUGCAAAAGUAUUAGUGACGCCUUUUUAAUAACACUUAGAAAAGCUCUCACUUAUAUUUUAAGAGCUGCGGUUCACAGCAGUGGAACGCUGAUUUGGUGGGACAACAAAUAGCGUUAUUCUCACGUGGUUUGCUUAUUGGUGAUGGUCCAGCAAGAAUGCUGCGCCUGCCGGUGAAAAAGAUCCGCAAACAGUUCAAACUUCUUCUGUUAUUGGUGCUGCUCACCUUUGCUGUGUGGUUCACUUACCUGCACAUCAGCCUGGUUAGGCAAGGGAAAGCAAUCAAGCUUCACAUCAACUAUGGCAAAGAUGGCGAGAAGCCGAACGAAGGGACUGAUGGCGGUCGGAACAGAGACUCGUCCAAUCACAGAAAGCCUGGCGACUCACACGACAGCGGAGAGGACGAGCAUGGGGUGGACGGACCAGACCAGUUUGGAGGGCGAAAUAGAGAUGACAGUAGAGAUUCUAUAGAAACAAACAAAUUCCUCAGCCUGAAACAGAACAUGUUGCCAUGGACACCAGAGUAUAAAGGGCAGGCUAAUCUCCAUGUGUUUGAAGACUGGUGUGGGUCAUCCGUCAAUCAGCUGCGAAAGAACCUUCACUUCCCACUCUAUCCACAUACCAGGACCGUAGUUAAGAAACUUGCGGUGGCCCCAAAAUGGAAAAACUAUGGACUACGAAUAUUCGGAUAUAUUCAUCCUUACAGAGAUGGCGAUUUCCAGUUUGCAGUCUCCUCCGAUGAUAACUCCGAAUUUUGGCUGAGCUCUGACGAAAACCCAGUCAAUGCCAGGCUGGUGGUGUACGUUGGGAAGCUGGGCUCUGAGUGGACGGCUCCAGGGGAGUUCACCAAGUUUCGAUCUCAAGUUUCCAAGUCUGUCCACCUCAUUUUUUCAAGACGCUACUACUUUGAAGUUCUUCACAAACAGGACGACAAGGGCUCUGACCACAUUGAGGUUGGGUGGCGUCCUUUUCUCCCAGGGCUGAAGUUUGAAGUUAUUGAUUCCCCCUACAUCUCACUUUAUACAGACGAGGCCUCUUUGAAGAUGAACAGCGUAGACCACAUCCCACAGACCCACGCAAGCCACGCCAGGCCACGAGAUGGAGCAUCACAAACUGGGCAGCACGGAGCUGACAUGCUGAAACCAGAUGCCAGAGACACCUUCUUCCUCACUCCAAUGAUAGAGCCGUCUCGUCUGGAGAAUGUGCUGCCGGCCUGCCUGUACUCUCCCACCUAUGUUGUGAAGGAUUUCCCAAUCGCUCGCUACCAGGGCCUUCAGUUCGUUUACCUGUCAUUUGUGUAUCCCAAUGACUUCACCAGACUGACCCACAUGGAAACAGAGAACAAGUGUUUCUACAGAGAGUCUCCCAUCUACCUGGAAAAGUUUGGCUUCUACAAAUACAUGAAGAUGGAUGAGGAAAAGAAUGACAGGCCUUUCUUCUUUCCAAAUCCAGGAGAUUUCCCUGAUGAAGAGGAAGGAGUGGACCCUGAAGACGAAUCUUUACCUACUAAGAGCCAUCCAAUCAGAAACGAGACCAACACCAGACAGUCCGACCCGCACUUGACUUCCAGGGUUAAAAGGAAGCCCGACCCUCCCACUGCCAUCGACUACGGGGAUGACGUUGAUGACUAUGCGUUCAGACGCAGGCAGAAGGUGUUCCGGGCUGAGGAAACGCAGGACAAAGAGACCCAGAGAACUAGCACCAAAGACCCCUCUGCAGCAACCGAUCUCCAUGGCAACCAGGAAGUGGUGGACUUCAAUGAGCCCAUCAUCAUCCGGGGGAAAUCCCUUUCCUGGAUCCGGAUUGGCCCGGAGGAGCUGAGCAAAAAGGGGGGCGACGAAUCAGCGGUGCCGAAACAGAGCAUGCCCAGCCUCUUCCUGACUAGCAGGACCAAGCAGAUCGUCAGCAACUCGGCUCACGCUGCUGCAGACACCAACAACCACAAUGACCGCAAGAAAGACCAGAACAAAACCUACAUCACCAGGCCCCGGCCAAACAGGAAGACCACGUUACCCAGGCAACCCAGAGAGGUCUUCCCAGGUGUUUUCUUGUACCAGAAUGGCAAAACCACCAAACUUGUGAACCUCAACACCAAGCUCAGUGGCAAGGGGCUUGUAAGUACUUCCCAGCUGAGGACCCUUUUCAAGGAUAGCCAUGCACCCUGGCUGGGCAGCAACAUCACCAAGGAGGUUGUUCAUGGACAGAAGACCUUUGCAAGGAAAUGGGUCUCUUUGCAGAAGAAAGAGGUGGGCAAGGAAAAGGACACAAACAAGGACACUGCCACUCCAGCACCCUCUAGUGCCAUCAGGGAGGUCCCACCACCCACUACCUUGACAGUAAAAAGGGGCGAGACAGACUUGAAUUCCUUGGAGAACACCCUGCCCUUGGAGGCCAGGGUGACAUCCUACAUGAAGACCUCAGAGAUCACAGAGACGCAGUUGCUGGAGGCAGAGCCCGUGGAUGAGGCAGAGGAGGGAGGGCUGUCUGACUACAGCUACGAGGACUCGAACCCGCGGCCUGGCUGGGCUGAGGAGUCCAUUAACUGGCAGCGCACCUUUACUGUGAACACCAUGGACUUUGAGCUGCUGCGUUCCGACUGGAACGACCUGCGCUGCAAUGUGUCAGGAAACCUGCAGCUCAGCGAGGCCGAGGUGGUGGAUGUCCUGGCGCAGUACAUGGAGAAACUCAACGAGAGGAAUGGAGGGAUUUACACUCUGCUCCGGAUCAUCAACAUGGAGAAACGGCGGGACUCUGCGCGGGGGAACCGCUACCUCAUCGAGCUGGAGCUGAUGGAGCGGGGGAGGAGGGUGGUGCGUCUCUCCUGGUACAUCUACCUGCUCCUGCACCGCAGCCGUCAUGAAGACAGCCUGGAGGCCAGCGAGGGCGGCACCCCCCCCUCCACCACCAGCACACUCCCACGCACACCCCCACAGUGGGGCACCUCUUACAGCAAGCCCCUGCUGUGCCAGCCCCUCCGUCUGCAGUGGAGACACAAUGUCAUGGUGCACUUUGUGGUGCCAGUAAAGAACCAGGCUCGCUGGGUACAGCAGUUCAUCAAUGACAUGGAAUUCCUGCACCAGGAAACCAAGGACGACAACUUCAGUGUUAUCAUCGUGGACUACGAGAGCGAGGACAUGGAUGUGGAAAAGGCACUGAGGGACAGCAAAUUGCCCCGGGCUGGGGGGUAUCAGUACAUGAGGCGUGAAGGGAACUUUGAGCGCUCUGCUGGGCUGCAAGCUGGAGUCGACUCUAUUGAGGACAGUCACAGCAUUGUGUUCCUGUGUGACCUGCACAUCCAUUUCCCUCUCAACAUCGUGGAGAGUGUCCGGAAGCACUGCGUGGAGGGGAGGCUGGCCUACGCCCCCAUCGUCAUGAGGCUGGCAUGUGGAAGCUCUCCACGGGAGCCCAACGGGUAUUGGGAGGUGAAUGGUUUUGGUUUGUUUGGCAUUUACAAGUCCGACUUCGACAAGAUCGGAGGGAUGAACACAGAGGAAUUCCGGGAUCGAUGGGGAGGCGAGGACUGGGAAUUACUGGACAGAGUUCUUCAGAAUGGUUUGGAGGUGGAGCGAUUACGACUUAGGAACUUUUUCCAUUACUAUCAUUCUAAACGAGGCAUGUGGAAUUCGAAGAAACCCCCCAAAGGAUAGCAGAAGGGUGCUAUUUACUUUGAGAAAAAAAACAAGAGCCUGCUAAGCGCAUGCUGCAGAGGCAUUAUUGAAGGACUACCAAGUCACUUUAAGGACCCCUUUAUCGAGACAAAAAAGGGAGAGUUCAGCCAUCUUGUUCGCUGUCCUGAAAUCAAAGACUUAAUAAAUCUUUCGUAGCUGCUUGAAGUAAUUUAACAAAUACUCAAGGAAGUGUAUGUUUUUUUAGGAGAAUUAUUUUAAAAAGGGAGAGUUUUGUUGUAUUUGUCAAUAGGGAUAACAGCUCUUGUUGUAACAAAACAAUGUCUGCACUAUUUAUAAACUAGUUACUAUGUUGAUAUGACAUGUUGACAGUUAUAUUGCUGGAGGUCCAGUGAAAACAAUGUGUAUUUGAAUGGAUGUCUGGGAUAAGCAGGUCAGACACAUAGAUUUCUGUAUACUGUAUGAGGAUUUCAGACUUUAUAAUUACUUCUCCAGUACGUAUUGUUAGUACCAAUAUAGAAGCUCCCUUACAUAAUACUGCUAUGUAAAACUGAGCAUAUGGUAUUAUGUGAAUUUCAUUUGGACACAUAGAAAUGUAUUUGGAAAUGGAAAUACCUAACCCAGAUUUGAAGCCCACUAAUUGUGUUUGGGUUCUAGAAGUUUAUUUAACCAGACACUAAAAAUAUGCUCCUUGAAUGCAUUUCACAGUAUGUGACUUUUUUCAUAUGAGCCAAAGCGUUGCUUGGGAUGGUUAACGGGAGCUAAAGAUCAUAAUAUGAAAGGAAAUUAAAUACACACAAACUGUAGAAUGAUGAUGAAUUAAAACACCUUUGAAAAAGGGAGAACUUCAAAAUGAGUUGCUGCAGGCUCCAGAUGAGAAGCUUCCAUGCAUAGGAAUGCUGUUUCCAGUUCUUCAUUUUGAGCAUAACAAUACUUUUAUUUGAAAGUUUUUUCUUAGUCAGCACUGCUCUAUGUCUCAAAAAAAAAAAAAGUUUUUUAAAAUGUAAUGCGGAAAGCUAUAAUGUGACUGUGUACGGUUAUAGAACUGUUUAUUUAAAAUUGGAUUCACACACAGAAUAUUAAGUUUACACCAAGAGAAAAUACUUGACCUGACAGAUAUGUUUUUUUUUUUGUGUUCUUUGUGGGGCUGGGACCUGGAAAUAUUGGUGUGUCACAAGGAGGGAGCAGCUACUCCAGUCUGUUUCCAUUCUUAUUGAGAUUAUCGCCUCUCUUUAUAUCUGGAGGAUUCUACUGAGAUGUAACAGUUCCUUCCCUUAGGUGUCCUGUUUCUAUUUUAAAGGGUCGGAUUGUUCUUUUUCAAUUAGAUAAGCUGGAACUGUGCUUUCCAACACAAGACAAAACUAUAUAUCCUUCAGAGGGCAUUACAAAGGCUUUUCCUUUGUUAAUUACAAAAUGCAUCCUUAUAUUUGGCUGUCUACGAAGUACAUUCAUAUUUGAGGAUACUUUGUAUGGAACCAGUAUUGCUCUCUCUACUAUGUCUUAAAAAAAAAAACAACAGUAAACAUUAUACAAAUGACAGGACGUGUUUAACACUCUGUCCUGGGGAUCAAUGGGAACUUUGCUUUUUCUCCAUCAGAUCUCCUUGAUUGCCUUCCAGCUGUUACUCUACGUCCCUCUCACUAAUUCCCACCUCUUAAUUCCUUCUGCGGAAGUAGGAAAUCUGUGGAAGGGCUCAUAGUUAUUUGAUUCUUCAUUUCUUGGAUACAGUUCCUUUUAAAUCAGUAGCAAUCUGUGUGGUCUUGGUCGCAGAAACAAACUUUAAACAGGGAGAUGCAGCUGUUAUAUACUGCAGAAUACAUGUCAGGGAUACCAUGUGCAUUACAAGUCAAUCAGCCAUUACAGGGACAGCCCCAUUUACACUGAAGUGUUCUACAAGUUUUCAUACAGACUGUAUGUGUAUGUAUUUAUAUAGGAAAGAGGUAAGCCACCCUGAGCUUGUUCACUUACUCCCCUCCUGCUCCUCUUCUGCAACAGGCCUUUAAACAGGAUUCCCCAAGGGCUGAAUCAGCAGAGACCUCAAGACAGCUGUAGCCUCCCCCAGCACUGCCAUGUCAAUGGUUUGUCCCAGCCCCAUCUCAUUUGCUGGACCCUGCCUUACAGAAAGCCAGGGAUAUACAUUCCAAGAAUGAUUUCUGUGAAAUUACUUUGUAGAACGAGUUUUCAGAAUGUACUGUAUUAUGUGUUUUUUUUCUUUGUUUUGUGUUUUUUUUAAAAUAAAACUUUAAGCAAAAA